GCGGGGUAGAUUUCUUCAGUUUCCUCCUAUUCGAUCAUUUCGAUCACCGCCGUCCGCCAUCUCCUUUUUAUUCCCUCGGUCGGUAAUAGACAAAAUAAGAGUUAAAAAGCAUCAAGAUGGUUUCUGCAUCCAAGGAAAAGCGUCUCGCCAAGAAGGCCGCUGAGGGCAAGGGCGAGAAGAAGACCCUCGUCUCUCGUUCUAAGGCUGGCUCUAAGACCGCAUCCAAGAACGCAAGCGCUGCCGGUUCCGUCGCCGGCGAUGACACCCCUCCCGAUCUCGACGAUGUCCCAGCAACCGAUGACAGGAAGAUGGAAAAGGCUAAGGCCAUGUCAAACCAGAUGGAUAAGGAUGGAUUAUCUGACCGCAUCACCACCGGUGUCCUCUCAUCCGUACCCACCAGCAGGGACGUCAAGAUUAUCAGUGCCAGUUUAACCUUCCACGGUCGUGUGCUCCUUAACGAAACGGACCUCGAACUCUCAUUCGGACGCCGAUACGGAUUGCUUGGUGAAAACGGUUGCGGUAAGAGUACCUUGCUUAAGGCUAUUGCUGCGCGAGAGUACCCAAUCCCGGAUCAUGUCGAUAUCUACCUCCUGAAUGAAGGUGCCCCACCUUCUGAUCUUGGUGCUCUCGAGUGGGUUCUCAAGGAGGCUGAGAAAGAGAUGGACCGUCUCGACAGAUUAGCAGAACAGCUUCUCGAGGACGAGGGCCCUGACAGCCCCGUACUGAUGGAUGUCUAUGAGCACAUGGACAAGAUGGAUCCUUCGACUUUCGCCACCCGAGCUUCCCUUAUCCUGACUGGUCUCGGCUUCAACAAGAUCACCAUCAACAAGAAAACCAAGGAUAUGUCUGGUGGUUGGCGUAUGCGUGUCGCCCUUGCCAAGGCGCUAUUCGUUAAGCCGACCUUGCUACUUCUUGACGACCCGACUGCUCACUUGGAUCUCGAAGCCUGUGUGUGGCUAGAAGAGUACAUGAAGAAGUGGGAGCGAACACUCAUCUUGGUUUCUCACUCGCAGGAUUUCCUUAACGGCGUGUGUACCAACAUGAUCGACAUGCGAAAGCAGCAGCUCAUGUACUAUGGUGGUAACUUUGACUCUUACAACAAGACUCGCAAGGAACAGGAGGUCAACCAGAUGACCGCCUACAAGAAGCAACAGGAAGAAAUCAAGCACAUCAAGGAGUUCAUUGCCAGUGCUGGUACUUACGCCAACUUGGUGCGACAGGCCAAGUCCCGACAGAAGAUUCUCGACAAGAUGAUUGCGGACGGACUCAUCGAGGAGGUCAAGGAGGAGAGGGAAUUCAAGUUCCGCUUCACUGAUGUUGAAAAGCUUCCCCCUCCGGUUCUGUCCUUCGACGACGUCACCUUCUCGUACUCGGGCGAGGCUAAGGAUGAUCUGUACCGCAACAUUGAUCUCGGUUUUGAUAUGGAUUCUCGAACGGCCCUAGUCGGUCCCAAUGGUGUCGGCAAGAGUACCCUAUUACGUCUGAUGACUGGAAAGCUUUCCCCGACUUCAGGCUCUGUUCGUCGCCACACACAUCUCAAGCUCGGCAUGUAUUCUCAGCACAGCGCCGAGCAGCUCGACUUGACCAAGAGCGCUUUGGAUUUCGUUCGUGACAAGUACCGCGACAAGUCACAGGACUACCAAUACUGGCGACAGUGCCUUGGCAGAUACGGAGUAUCUGGUCCUGUACAGACCGCUAUUAUGGGCACUCUAUCCGAAGGCCAAAAGAGUCGAAUUGUGUUCGCCCUGCUUGCCAUCGAUUCACCCAACAUGCUUCUCCUCGACGAGCCUACAAACGGUUUGGAUAUUCCCACCAUCGACGCCUUGGCAGAUGCCAUCGACAACUUCACCGGUGGUGUGAUUGUGGUUUCGCACGACUUCAGAUUGCUCGACAAGAUUGCCAAGCAAAUUCUUGUGUGCGAGAACCGAACCAUUAAGCCAUGGGAGGGCACGAUAGGAGAAUACAAGAACUAUCUUCGCAAGAAGAUGUUGGCUUCCGGCGCAGUCUAAGAUACCCCUCCACCUUUUGCAAUCGGUCUAGAGGGUUAUGCGAACGGCGUUGUUCGCAGC